UCCUAACAAAAAGUGGAAUAUUAUAUGCUUAAAGUAACCUUCAAUCUCGUAGCCAAUCUUGAACAAAUGAACCUCAAACACAUUCUCGCAUGGAUCUAUCAGCAAAUUCUUUAAUUCUCCAAUCUCUUCUAUGGCUAAUUCUUGUCAUAAAUUUUGUUCUUAUAUUACCAGCUGCAGCAAACACCAUUUCAGCAGACCAUGACAACUUGGUAUACAAACAAUGUUCAAAUCAAACUUCAACAAAUAUCAAUCUUUCUCAGUCCUCAGAACUUUCCUCACUUUUUGAAGAAUUUCUCAUCCAAUCCUCUCAGUCCAAGUUCUAUGAAACCAGCAUUUCCAAUGAUCACGUGGGUCCAGUUUUGGGCCGGUUCCAGUGCAGAAAUGAUCUCACCCAAUCCGAGUGCAGAAACUGCAUGAAAAACUUCCCUGAACUGUCAAAAAAUCUGUGCGGCUCAAACAUACCAGUCCGAAUCCAGCUUUCCGGGUGCUACGUCCACUAUCAGCCUGAUGGGAUCGAGACUUCUCGAGUUCAACUUCUUCACAAAACUUGCAGCAAAUAUAAGGUGAAAAAAAGUAGAUUUGAAGAAGUGAAAGACAAAGCAUUUGCAGCAGUAGAAAGUGGGAUUUUGAGUGGGAAUGGAUUUUAUGAGACGACUUAUGAAUUAAUCCAUGUGAUGGCGCAGUGUGAAGAAAGCUUGGCGGCCUGUGACUGUGGGGUGUGCGUGAGCAGCGCUGUGCAAAUAGCUGAGGAAGAAUGCAAGUAUUCUAUUUCUGGAGAAGCAUAUCUAGAUAGCUGCUUCAUCAGCUAUAGUUAUCAUGGAGAUGAGUUUGGUGGCUACUCGUUCAAAGAUGACAAGGGAAUAAAAGGCAUUUCAUCAAAAUCAAUAGCAAUUAUUCUUGGUGGGAUUGCUGCUUUAUUAUUGGGAAUUGCGUUUUGUUAUUUCUUGAGAUCUUGUGGAAAGAAAAAGGAUGAUUGGUGAAGAAAUUAAGAUUAGGUUUAACCUACUUAUAUGAUGACGCUUGGUGGAUUACUGACUGAAGAAGGAAGUGCAUGUCAUAUAUAUAUAAAUAUAUAUAGCGAAUUAAUACGAGCAAUUUUUUUACACACAUAGUCAAUUGGUUAGUAUUGGUCAAUUUAGUAUGUAUCAUAUGAAUGGGAAAAAAUAUUAAAAAUUGUCUUUGUUAUGAUCUUGUUUGAUAUUAAGGAGUUCUUGUAUGACUAGAUAUAAUUAUUUCUUUUGGAAAAUUGUAUGUCAAAGCAUAAAACGGACUGAGCCUGAGUAUCGUUGGA